ACACGUGUCUUCUUACAAGAUUUAAAUAUUUAUACAAAUUUGCCGUCUUUUAUUUUUAAAGUUGAUUAGCAUCGAGAGAAGUCAUGCAAUACAGGGUUAAUAAUAAUAAUAACAUUAAUUUGUAUUCGGCCAGAUUUCGUAUUGAGAGUGAAAAAUUUAAUGUAACUGCGAUUUAAUUCACUUUCUCAAAUACCAGAAGGAAUUAAUCUUAACAACGGGAAAGUUAAAUAUGUGGUAUUUAACUUUUUGCGUGCAAAAGAAGAAAAUUGAAUUGAAAGCUUGAAAUUUUAAUACUCUUGUAAUUUCGGAACUUGCAUUAAGUCGGCAAAAUAUGAACACUGGAGAAAUAAAUUUCUGACGAAAAGUUCAAGCACUAAUUUCCAUAAUAAUCGGGUAUUAUAUAAAUUGUAUGUUUAAGUUUGUAAGAAAACAAAGAUAAAUGUUGCCUAAUAACUUUUGGCCAUUUAUAAAAUAGAUGAAGAUGAAUCGAACAACUUCGUUCUUGGCACUGUUUCUUGGCACUGUUCAUUUACGAACGCGUUAAUUGUUAAGAAAAAGGCACUUUGUAUUAACCAUACAUAGAAUGAUAAUAUGAUGACAACCACGAUGAAAAAUUUUUUUAGAUAAAAUAGUGCCAAACAUUUUGUGAAUGGAUUCAUCAUAAUCAGAGAGAGUGUAAAAUAACUUUAAGUUUUUUCUCUUUUCGCAAAUUCUACUGCAUGCAAAUAUAAAUGCACCUAAUUUUUCUAGUCAUGGAUAUUAUUAAUGUGUCUGAUUUCCACAUAUUUCGGGGCAAAUUUGGCCAGUCGUAGAUUUAUAAUGACGUUUAAGAAUAAGCUGUUUAUUAGCUGUUCUUACGGAACUCUUUCUAUUCUGAUUCGGAUAUUUGUUGAGGAUAUUUGUCGCGUAUCCAAACGUGAUUCGGCUUUAAACUUUAUCAAUGAUAAAGCUUGAUAUUUGUAUUUUAAGCCGACAAUUUUUUCUAUAUUGUCGCAAAUUAUAACGUAAGCAUUAUGUUUUUACACCUCGAUCUCUCAGUGUCAAACGUUUUUAUAAGACUGUCGAUUUUAAUAACGAUAAUAUGAAAUUCCAAUAGGAUCGCGAAGUGUUAAUUUCACGCAAUAUUCUCGUUGAAACUAUUAUUUGUCUUCCAGUUCGUGUUAAUUAAUUUUGACGUCUUUUUUUUACUAUUAAAUACGCUUCGUCUCUUCUAAUGGCUUACGAGACUAGCAAUAAAGGAGUCCUUGAGAGAAUCAUCGACUGGACGGUAAUCACACAUCGUUGUCAUCCCAACGUAACUUCGAGCUCGCUCAUCUUCCGUUUCCGGUCUGCAAAGACGACGUUACUCGCGUGUCAACUGACUUUUGCUUCGAUUUGUGAGCGUUCGAAAUAUACGACGUUCGUAUACGGAAUGUCCUACCGGCUGUCUUAGCCAUAGAUAUCUUCUUUUUAUUUUUGUUUGUUUGAUAGCUCGGUUAUGAAAGUCUAUCUUUUCAUUAAACUCAAAUUCAUCUUUUCAUCGAAAUAAAAAGCGCUCAGACAGGAGAUUCCACUAACUUUUAUUUCUCUCUCUCUCUCUCUCUCUCUCUCAACGCAUUCUUUUCUUUCUUUGAGAAUUAAAAAAAAUAAUUUUUUAAAUUUUAUCGAAACAACUCCAUAACUUUUGCUCUUCUUCUUAAUUAAUCCUACGAUAUCUGAGGCGUCAAUUGAUAACGGUAAGACAUCUUGUAUACGCGCACACCCGCGUAUGCAUGCGUAGGUAAAUAUAAUUGCGUACAAUUAGGACCCGAUUUAAAGGUCGGAACGAAAUGCGAUGGACAAGAUAAUUAGAGCAGGAUACACGUCGAGGUAUCCGUCGUGUCGGCGUAACGCUCCCCCCAUCCCUUAUCCCCCGUUUGUAAUUUGUGUAACACUUUUUGAUCGUUUAUCGAUAUACCGUACUUGUUAACGCUAUAUAUAUAUAAAAAUAAAUAUAUAAAUAUAUAUAUAUAUAUAAAAAAUAUAUCUGUUUUACGCGGUGAUUCCCCCAGUUGAGGUGCGCCGUCUCGUCGGUCGUUCGAUAUAUCGACCGAUUAAUUGUGUUCGAACGAUAUAUAUCGAGGCACAGCUCGAUGGAGGGACGUGGGGGAAUUACCGACGUCCGAAGGACGAAGAUCGGUAUUCCAAGCGUAGGGAAUCUAUUGUACAUUGAUUAUUGAUACAUUAAUUAUGAUAACAAUAAAUUAUAUACAAAGUCACAUGUCGGAUCUGCAUUAGUAAUUUCACUUUGGUUUCUGGAUGAAUAUCUUCGUUUUCUCUCCUUUUUUUCGUUAAAAAAUAUUCAUUUUCUCCUCCCGCCCUCGUUUUUCGUUAUCCACAUGCGAUCAGAUUGACAUUUUAAUUUCGGGUCCGAGAGAUUCACAGCAUUGCUGUUCUGCCUCGUUUUAUCUAUUGUUUUUUACUGAAUUGAAUAUUGAAUUUCUUCGUUUUCUUCUCCUUCCCCGUAUGCAACGUGGCCUGUCCUCUUCUUGUUUUUUUUUUCUUUUUUCUUCUUUUUUUCCGUUCUUCAUGCCGUAUCUCUUUAUCGCAAUGCCGGAUUCGUCGUUCGACACGGAUGACACUACGUGUGUUCAAGCUGAAAAGCAGGAGAUAUCUAAUCAACGAGAAAAUAAUAAUUCUGUAUAUACUGCUGAGAAAUCGCCGAAUAAACGAACAACGAAUGGCGGAGUUGAGAUGAACAAUGCGAGCGUCGUAAAUUCACCGGAUCUCAGCCCGAUAAAAAAUAUACGAAACGGGGAAGCAGAAGAAACAGAAGUCAGAAAAACAAAGAGAUGGCCAACCGAUAAAGCUUAUUACAUAGCUAAGGAGCUCCUCAUGACAGAACGAACUUACAAGAAGGAUUUGGAUGUUAUUAAUGUGUGGUUCCGCGAGGAAGUUUCUAGAGAAGCGGCAUUAGAAGGGGAGACAGUAGUGUCUCUAAUCGAGCUACUCGCCGACGUACAUGGACCCUGCCUUCAAGAAAUGGAGGCACGGCUGGCACGCUGGGAGAGCAACGCUCGUCACAAUAUCGGUGACUUUUUAUACAAUACGCUUCUAAACAUUCUGCCUCUCUACGACCAAUAUCUGGAGAAUCUCAUCCCGGUGUUGGAGAAAAUGGAAUACUCUAUGCGAACGUCGCGACGUUUCGACCAGCUCUGCCGUGAUUUCGAAUCGCAGAAGCAUUGCUAUCUGCCAUUAUCUUCAUUCCUUUUGAAACCUCUACAACGAUUAUUGCAUUAUAACAGUAUUAUUGACAGAUUACUGGAUCAUUAUCCAAAAGAUCAUACCGAUUUUGAGGAUUGUUUGGCAGCGAGAGACAGACUCGGCGAAACAUUGCUCGAGGGACUCACGAUUAUAAAUCAAGCGGAAAAUCUAGUGCAGUUAUGCGAAAUGCAAAGAGACAUUACUGGUUUUGAUAAUCUAGUACAAGAAGGACGAAGGUUUAUCAGGCAAGGAUGCCUACAGAAGUACAGCCGUAAAGGUUUUCAACAGCGUAUGUUUUUCUUGUUCUCAGACGUAUUACUGUAUACAUUCCGUACCCAACAACCAACGCAAUGUUUUCGUGUGCAUGGCCAACUACCAUUGAAAGGAAUGAAGAUUCAAGAUGCAGAUAAUAAGACUGGAACGGAUUUUGCUUUUAUUAUCGAUGGACAAGGAAAUCAAUCAUUAACAGUUGCAGCAAGCAACGAAGAAGAGAAAGAGAGAUGGAUGGAUGAUUUAAACAUGGCUAUAAUACAGAUCGAUGCAUCGGAUGCGAAAAUGCCGUAUUUAAGUUUAAAAUCUUGUAUUCUAGGUUCAGCCGAUGAAGUGGGAGAUGGUGUAGGAUUAGAAGUAGAUCGAACUAGUUGCGGAGGUGCGAAGGCCUCACAACGUAGCAAUACUACAGUUCACGUUUGUUGGCAUCGUAAUACAAGUAUUAGUUACAGUGAUCAACUACGAGCGUUUCAAAACCAGCUUAGUGGAUUUCUUUUACGGAAAUUCAAGAAUAGCAAUGGUUGGCAAAAGCUUUGGGUUGUAUUUACUAAUUUUUGUUUAUUCUUCUACAAAUCUCAUCAAGAUGACUUCCCAUUAGCUUGUUUGCCAUUAUUAGGAUAUGCUGUUUCUACACCAUCAGAAAAAGAUGGAAUUAACAAGGAUUUUGUAUUUAAGUUACAAUUCAAAAACCAUGUAUAUUUUUUUCGAGCGGAAAGUGAUUACACUUUUGGGAGAUGGAUUGAAGUCAUUCGAAGUGCAACUCAACAAAGUCAUAUGCCCAUUAGUAUGAAUGGAAAAGAAGAGUAUUAAAACUAAAUUUACAUGGAUAUAUAAUUACCGAAAUAAUUAUUAAGAUUAAAAAUAGUUAAGAUUAUAGAAUCCUGCUACGAAGUAUAGUUUCAAAAUGAUAUACAACAAAAAAGUCUAAAUUUUUGGCCUUAUAUACAAAAUUAAGAGUCACAAUUGGUGAUAUUUUAGAUAUUAUAUAUAAUAUAAAUUUUGAUUGUGUAUAC